AUCCGACUACAUUUCGGAAUGCUUGACAGUCGCAACUAAGUUGUGUGAAUUUCUGUCGUCAGCUGCCACUUUUCUCGAUUUCAAACAGGUCAACGCGAUAGACAGUAGUCACGAUACUUGACAAGAUGGUGGCAGACGCUCUGGUAUACCACCCCUCGGUGGCUCAUUAUCUGCGCUUCGUCGCAACCACACUCGGCAGAGACAAAGUCCUCCGAACAAUCCAAUACUUCGCCCGCUUCUACUCCUGGUACCUCUUCCGCACCAACAACCCAACCUCCGCAAUCGCACCCUGGGACGCGCUCAAAAAACAAUUCGGCCUUACACGCAAAAUCCUGCGCGCGGGCAAAUUCGUCGAACAUCUCAAAGCCGCCUCCGUGGCCUUUGACAAUAAAUCCGCCAGUACAGACCCCGUACUCAAGAAUUUGACUGUUGGUCGCCAAUUGGGUUAUGCGGGUUAUUUAACCCUGGAUUCUAUCACGCUCGUUGAUGCGUUGGGAUUUAAGAAGUUUGAUUCUGCGAAGAAGUUGCAGGAGUAUUCCUAUCGCGCUUGGUUGUCCGGUUUGGUUUGUAGUGUUGUUGCGGGCGUUUAUACCCUUUAUCGAUUGCAGGAGAGGGAGAAGACGAUUGAUAGGAAGGAGGGAGAGGGUGUUGUGGAGGCUAAAAAGAUUGAGCGUGAACGCGUCGCCGCACGUAUUCAACUUGUCUCUGAUCUCUGUGAUUUGAGUGUUCCUCUUUCGGCAUUGGGUUAUGUCAAGCUUGAUGAUGGUUUGGUUGGUAUUGCUGGAACUAUCAGUUCAUUGAUUGGCGUGUGGUCCGCCUGGAAGAAGACUGCUUGAUUGCGGUGCGAGAUUGAGUGUGACGGAAGUUGUUGAUUGAGUUGACAUGACAGUCGACCUCUCCUUGUCUUUUCUUUCUAGUCAUAUAUGUAUAUCCUUAUUCUUUCUACCCCUGUCAAGAUUUUUUACCAUUCAGUAUCUUACAGUGAAUUAGACACGACUUUUUCAUAUG